AUGGCGGCACUCCCGCCGUCUAAUUUUGGCCUCCACCCGUCGCAGUACGCUACCGAAUCUGGUUCUUCACAGAUGGGAUUCGGAUCCGCAGAGAAUGGUGCUGUCGAAAGCACUGGAGAAGGCAACUUUGUCCCGCGCCCGAAGCGCAUCGCAUGUGUCGUGUGUCGGAGGAGGAAACUGAGAUGCGACGGGAGACGACCGAGUUGUGGAACAUGUUCGCGCUUAGGACAUGACUGCUCUUAUGAUGAAGUGCGCAAGAAGAGUGGCCCAAAGCGGGGAUAUGUUAAGCAGCUCGAAGCUCGAUUAGCUCAAGUUGAGACUCUCCUCAAAGGCCAAGACCCCGAACCUCCUCAACGAACCUCCCCGCCUCAACCGGUGGAAAAUUCAUUUGGCGCACCCAUCAACGAUGAAUCUGUACUGGCCUUGCCUGACCUCUCGGGGUUGGGAGGUGACAUGAAUGGUCCUUUCCAACCGUCGAAUCCGCCUGACGCAAUUCAGUCGGGCCAAACAAUGUAUCCUCCCAUAGCCAACACCGGCAGUGAUCCCCAGACCCAGUGGGAUUUGAUCGCUUUGGGAUUGGAGGAGCCCCUCCCUUCACAGGAUGUGAUUGACGAACUGGACGCUAUAUUCUUCGAGAAGGUCUACCAAAUGCUGCCCAUCAUUCAUCGCCCACGGUACUUUGCAAGUCUGAACCUCGCCCCUCAUAUGCGGCCGCCUAUAUGCCUGCGCUACAUUAUGUGGUGUCAUGCUGCAUCUGCCAGUGACAAGUACUUUUUCCUACACAGCCAUUUCUACCAGCGCGCGCGGAAAUAUGCCGAAGCGGACGAGAUGAAAGGGUUUGGAGAGAGUGUCGUCAGUCUGGCGCAUUGCCAAACUUGGAUUUUGAUCGGGACAUAUGAGUUCCGAAUGAUUUUCUUCCCACGAGCAUGGUUAAGCGUUGGUAAAGCGGCACGACUGGCACUGAUGCUUGGAUUGAACCGGCUUGAUGGCGUUGGUCUCGAUGUCAAACAGUCUAUUUCACCACCAAGAGAUUGGACAGAGCGUGAAGAACGUAGGAGAGUGUUUUGGGGUGCUUUUGCGACAGACCGGUAUGCCAGUGUUGGAACUGGUUGGCCGCUUCUCAUAGACGAAGACGAUAUUAUGACAAACCUCCCUGCUUCUGAGGAUUCGUUUCUAAAGAGCAAGCCGCAACGAACACUUCGUCUAAGUGAUAUCAUUGCCGGCGAGGGCGUUGCUACCUUGUCUCCGUUCGCCUGCGUGGUGGUCCUGACCAGCCUCUUCGGUCGUAAUCUCGUCCAUAUCCAUCGGCCACGGCCAAACGACAACGACCAUGACCUCAACGGAGAGUUUUGGAAACGACACAGAAGCCAUGAUAAUAUUCUUUUGCACAUUGCUCUGUCAUUACCCGAUCAUCUUCGCCUUCCAAGUGGCAUGUCAGAUGUGAAUGUCAUCUUUGCCAACAUGAGCAUUCAUACUUCAACCAUUUGUCUCCACCAAGCGGCAAUUUUCAAAACCGAAAAGAACAAGAUGCCGAACCAGAUCACGAUCGAGAGCAAGCGAAGAUGUCUUGUGGCCGCCAAUCAAAUUUCGAGCAUCAUGAAGAUGAUCAGCCAUGUCGAUUUGACAAGCCUGAACCCAUUCAUAUCUUUCUGUCUCUACAUUGCGGCACGAGUCUUCGUGCAGUAUCUCAAAUCUCGACCGGAGGAUUCGAGUGUUCACUCUUCACUACAAUUCGUUGUCUCCGCUCUGAACGCCAUGAAAAACAAGAAUCCCUUGACCGAGUCCUUCCUCGUCCAAUUGGACGUUGAUCUCGAUGGAACUGGUAUUCGCGCGUUGGACGACCGACAGAAAGAAAGUGUCCGUGCUUCACAGGUAAUGGCAGUACACCAAAACUUCUGCAACGACGCAGUCGAGUGCUCCCCCAUUUAUAACCUCCGCCAAACACAAACGGCUGGCACGAUGGAAGAGUCACCGCAACACAGUACUGGCCAUGCAAAUAAACGCCAGCACAUGAAUACUGGCACGACAACCUCCCUCCCUAGCCGACAGAGGGAUACAAUGGCCUCGUCCACCGACGAAAAUAUACAUAACCUAUUCACCCCUGCUACCCAGACCACAAGCCAGAUCAACGAGCAACCCGGCUCAGGGAGCAAACUCGAUUUAGACAUGGACUUUUCCCCAGACUUCGGCACUCUCAGCGAGAGAAACAACCCACCUUCUGACCACCCCACACCUUCAACCCUGAACUCUUCCUCCAACACCUCCUACUCAAUAAACGGGGUCGACAACCCAUCACCUGGCAGACAGCAACCAAAAUCAGGUCCAACGUAUCCCAACCAGGAAUCAACCCAAUCAUUCAAUAAGAUGAAUGCAAUUCACAUGUCUCCCGGAGAUAUUAGCUCACAAGCACCUGAUAUCAAUGCCUUACUUGCUCGGGCUUAUCAAAACAAUUCUGGCAGCCCGGCCAUGCCUACGGACACAUCGAAUCCGUUCUCCAUACCCCCUGUUUGGGACUUGCCAACUCCAAGUCAAGAAACGGGUGCUGCCGACUUUAGCAACUUAAAUGUCGGGGCUUUGACUGAGGCUCAAUGGGCGCAGAUUCUCGGCGAGAAUGGCGUUACUCCUAGCUGGGAGAGUUGGCGGCAAUCUUGA